AUGGCUCUAUCAGUAGGAUUUCACAAUGGCAUAUGAAGCGGACAAGCUGACGUCUUACUUCUAUCAUGUCCUCAGUUGAUAAAUGAAAACUGUGUGAAGCACGUAGAGAAAGCCUACGAGCGUAAUUUUAAGUCCUUCGCCUCGUACGACGUGAGGAUACAGUAUGGAUGAGCUGCCUUGGAACAGAUAGAGUCGAGGACAGAGGGAACAAGAGAAGGCUGAAGCAGUUUAAUACAAACAAAGUACUUAUCACAGACGUACACCAGAUAUUAUGUCCAACUCGAUAAAGCGGGAGAGAACCAUUUGUGUUCUCCUCCCCAACAAAAAACAGCUCGACGUCACUGUUGGGCCAAAGUCCACAGGGCAGGAUGUUUUUAAUCAUGUGGCAGAGCAUCUUGGAAUCAAAGAGCUGCACUUUUUUGGCCUCACAGUGGUGAAGGACAAUGAGCACAUAUUUUUAGAAAUGGAGGAGAAACUGACUAAGUAUUUUCCAAAGGAGUGGAAGCAAGAUUCAGGAAAGGGAUCACAGAGGAAACCCUUGCCUCUAGUACUCUGCCUCAAAGUGCAGUACUACAUAGAGAAUGGUAGACUCCUUUGUGAACGAAAGGCACGGUAUCUCUACUACUCUGACGUGCGGGAACGGGUGCUUCGCUCUGAAUGUCGUCAGCAGGAGGAGGUGUACUUCCAACUAGCAGCUUACGCCCUACAGGCUGACUUCGGUGACCACCCACUUCCCAGGGAGGAUAUAGAGAUCAAGCCUUACUUUCAACCCAAGGAUUACUUUCCCCCUUGGAUUGUAGCUAAACGUGGAGUAAACUAUCUCCUCUGCCAUGGGCCCAAAGUGCAUCAGGAGCUGUGGGGCAUGUCUACACGUGAUGCCAUCCUGCACUUCAUCAGGGAGUCUUGUUGGUUGGAGGAUGUACCUGUCACGUUUUACAGAUUGCAAAAGGACAAAAAGGAAGAGAGAGGAACAGCAAUGCUUGGUUUGACCCUACGAGGAAUGCAGGUUUAUCAGGAAGUAAACAACAUUAGACAGCUGCUGUACGACUUCCCUUGGUCAAAUGUGGGACGCCUCACCUUCCUGGGUAAGAAAUUUGAGAUCCAACCAGAUGGCUUGCCAUCAGCCAGGAAGUUGGUUUACUACACUGGGUCAUCAUUCCGCUCUCGCCACCUCCUCCUGCACCUGAGCAGCAGCCAUCGUGUCUACCGCAGCCUCCUGCCUGCCCUCAAACACCUCCGCCAGCUGGAGGAGAGCGAAGAGAAAAAAUGUUACAGAGAAUCGUACAUCAGUGAUGACCUGGACUUGGACCCCCCAGGCAGUGAGAAUAGCCCUGGUCUGUCCCGACACUCCACCAACAGCUCUGGAAUUGAAGCCGAUGCCCGCCAACACAGCAUUUUCACAGAGAUGGCCUCCAUGGAGGAAGAAGGUCAACAGCAGUCAGUGAAGUGUUUCAGCUCAGCAGCCAGCUGUGGCAGCUCCUGCACCUCUGGGUUUGGUGCAGACAAUAAGACUCAAAUAGAAGAGGAGGUGUGGCAAGAGGAAGAGAUCAAGACCAAUGUUAGAAGUCCAAAGGAGGUUCACGUGGAUGAUCCUGAUGAGAUGUUCCAGUUGGCUGAUCUUCUUGAAGGAGUGUCAGUGGACUGUGCUGAACUCUUCUUAGGGACUUGCUCUUCAGUAAAAUCUACAGAAGACAAAGUUUGCCCCCCAGACAAUGAUGAAGAUCUUGGGAAAUUGCAUAGCAAAGAUGUGUUAAAACAGACACUGAAACCUAGCCACAGUCUAGAUGAUGUUCAUCUGCUCCCAACUCCAGCAUCCCUAGAGACGACACUGUUGCCUGAUUCUUCCCACAGCUAUACCUCUGGGCUCCCAGAUGCUUCAACAAACACAAAGACCACGGUUGAUAAUGGUUAUCACCCCGAUUUGCACUGCCAAGCCAAACCAUCUUUCUAUGGCCAUGGGUCUACCAACUGCCUCUCACUGGACAUGUUAGGUGAUGAACAGUUCCUGGAAUACAUCAUUUAAAUAUGUCAAGUGCUGAUGCCCACAAAUGUGCUGCUUUCGUCUUCCAUUAUAGUGCAUCUUAGUUCUUAAGUUGUAAACACGACUGUUUUUCUGUGUAGUGAUGAUGUCAGUGUCUGCUUCAAACUAAGACAUUGUCAGAAAGGACAGAGCCCCUCAUUCCUCUUGGCACAACUGUAGAACAAAACAGAUCUAAUUAAUCAACAAUUCAAUCAGUAAAUGGCAUAUUUAUUAAUGUUGUAUAUUGUGUACAUACUACUUGCAGUAUUUUAUUAUAUCUCAACAUUUCUAGUCAGUUGUCUUUUGUAAAGUUAAAAGCAUUUAUGUGAAUAGGUUAAUGUGGAGGGCAUUAUUCUGACAGGCACAGAUAUUUAAAUAUUUUAAGGCCAUGCAGUGAUGCACUGUGUUUCACAUUAAUGAAAUGGGCCUCCACUCCCUUGCCAUUAGCUUGUUUGCUAAUGUAAGAACUAAAUGUAUUUGUUUUAUUCAGGAGACUCUCCAGAAGACACUUGUUACUUUUUGUGCACCUUCCAUCCCUUUGCCCCCCUUUUUUUUUUUAAAUCAUAUUUUAUAACUUGUAGUGUGCCCUUUCUUGCUUUGCCUAUUAGUCUGCUACAUCAGUAUUGCAGCUAAUGUGGAAAAUUCAAUUUAUACAGCUGGGAUUCAUCUCAAGCAUACCCAUUCUAUAAUGUACUCCUGUUUUGUAACUAUAACAUAAAAGUGUCGUUACAGCAAAGUGUAUCUGCUGUGUUUUUGUAUCGUGUAACCUCCAAACAAAGAGCUUGUGUUGGCUUUCUCUGACAUUAUUUUUGGUUUUGGCAAUAAUUGGUUUGCAAAUGAACUGAGGUAAUGUGAGGUUACUGGAAAAGAAUGUCAUUAAACAACUUAAUGCCAGUAAUGUUUGAACAAACCUGGCAGUAUUAAAUCACAAUAAUGAACAAGUCAUUUUUAUCUAAAGCACUUUUUAAAGAUGAUAAAAAUAAAUUCUUAAUGCCACUAA